CUGAUUAGAGAACAGUAUGAAUUUAUGAAAAUUUAUUUAUCAAAAUUGGUCAACAAGUUGGAGGAGGAGCCACAGGCUAGCCGCAGAUGUCCGAUGAGCAAAAGCUAGCCAGCUUUAUGAAGAAACAUGGCGAACAGGAGGAGGUAGCGCGUCAUUACCUGACGACCAACAACUGGGCCCUGGAGCAGGCUAGCCUUAAAUACGAAGACGACAAGGCUAAAGGGCGGAACAGCAAUGCGACUGAGGCACAGGGGCUGCAAUCCCUACAGAGCCUGCUUAGUCGUCAAACGACCAACCGUGAGGAUGAGCCCGAGGCUUACUUCGGCGGCACCUCCGACAGCUCCAUGCCGCAACCACCCAGAGACGGCAUCCAGACGUCUAAACGUGUGCAGAUUGAGGAUUCGACGCCUGCGCUGACCACGGCGGACAGCGAUCGCAGUUUGCGCGCUUGGGGCCGUGGCGAGCGUCUGGGCAGCGCUCAUCCCAUAAAUCCGCCGCCAGCACGCGAUGAUGAUGAGCUGGACUCGGAUUCCGAGCUGGAAGAGAACGAGCACAGUCUGGUUGUGCUGCAUCUCUGGUCCGAGGGCUUCUCACUGGACGACGGCUCCCUGCGGCUCUAUGAGGUGCCCGAGAAUGAGCGCUUCCUGAGUGCCAUUAUGCGCGGCGACUUCCCUGAUGAGAUGCAGGAGUUUGGCCAACGCAUUGAGCUGAGCGUGCGCGAUCACACAAACGAGUCCUAUCGCGAACUAUCGCGCAAGCAGUUCAUGGGCUUCGGACGUCCCUUGUGCAGUCCCACGCCACGCAUCGAACUUGCCGCACAGGCGACUGAGCAGCAGACGCCGCUGGAGCUGCAGCACCGCCACGAGGAGAACGCACAGAACACGCUGCAGCUGAACGGACAGACGGAAACGACCACCAUUCAGUUUCGUCUCGCCAAUGGCAGCCGUAUCGCCGCGCGCUUCAAUACCACCCACAAUGUGGGGGAUCUUUACAGAUAUGUGCGCAUGGCAAGGCCUCAAUAUAGCAGCCAAAACUUUCUGCUUAUGACUGCGUUUCCACGUUACGAUCUUCACGAGAGAGAUCCCCGCACCUUGGCCGAGGCUAAUCUGCUCAAUGUGGUGGUCAUCCAGCAUAUCAGUGAGGAUUCCGACCAAGCUGACCAGUCGACUGACUAAAAGUUAUAUUAGCGGACAACACGAAAUUUGUUUGAUGAAUAGUGUACGAUAGAUAUGUAA